GGAAAAUUAAACUAAAACCCUAAUUUCAUCAGCAGAUCCUCUUUUCAAUUGAAAGCAACUGUGACAUCAAGGGAAGACGGCGAGCAUGCUAGGUGGAUUGUACGGAGAUCUCCCUCCGCCGUCAGACGAUGACAAACCUACCGGAAAAUCCUCCUCCUCCGUCUGGUCAAGCAGUACCAAAAUGGCUCCACCUACGCUACGCAAACCACCCGCUUUUGCUCCCACGCAAACCAUCAUCAGACCUCAAAUCAAGCCCAAGCCUCUCCCCUCGCAACACAAACCUCCUCCGAUUCUCCCUCCGGUUAACGACGCGGCACAAUCGCAACCGGCGUUAGUUUCCGUGACUUCAUCGGUGAUCGAAGAGUACGAUCCAGCUAGACCGAACGACUACGAAGACUACAAGCGCGAGAAGAAGAAGAAAGCCACGGAAGCUGAGAUGAAACGAGAGCUCGACAAGAGACGUCACGAGGAAGAAGCCAAGAGAGAAAGAGAAGAGAGAGAGCGUGAUCACACCGAUCUCAAUAUCUCCGGCGAGGAAGCGUGGAAGAGACGCGCCGCCAUGACCGGUGGGAGAUCUUCCUCUCCUCCGCCGGUUGACGGCGGUGGUUUUAGCGUGGGGAAGUCGGAGACGGGCGGGUUGGGAGUAGGGGCGGGUGGGCAGAUGAUGACGGCGGCGGAGAGGAUGAUGGCGAAGAUGGGGUGGAAACAAGGACAAGGGCUUGGGAAAUCUGAGCAAGGGAUCACUACGCCGUUGAUGGCAAAGAAGACUGAUCGUAGAGCUGGUGUUAUUGUUAAUGCUUGUGAGAAGAAGGUUGUUGUUGUCAAGGGUGUGUGUAUUAGUGGUGAACCAACAAGAGUCUUGCUUCUUAGAAACAUGGUUGGACCAGGAGAAGUAGAUGAUGAGCUAGAAGAGGAGGUGGGAUCGGAGUGUGGCAAAUACGGAACAGUGACACGUGUACUUAUCUUCGAGAUCACUGAACCAAAUUUUCCUACACACGAAGCAGUGAGAAUCUUUGUUCAGUUUUCGAGACCUGAGGAAACAACUAAAGCACUUGUGGACCUCGACGGCCGAUUCUUUGGAGGAAGGACGGUACGUGCAACAUUCUACGAUGAAUUGAAGUUUAGUAAGAACGAGUUGGCUCCAGUACCAGGUGAAAUCCCUGGCUAUUAAAGUAGAAGAAACUGUCUUGUCUAAAUGAGGUUUAAUAAUUAAUUUAUUAAGUACUUGGAAGCUCUUGGGAUCUACCUGAUUAUUGUUUAGCUCAAUGUAGCCUACCUCUGAGCACAUAAAGUCAAUUCGGUUUAUCAUUGUUAGUAGCCUACCAACGCACUUUCAAUCAGACAAAACUGGCCGACCCAACCCGAUUAGAACUAGUAGAAAUUAGGCUAUGAUGUAAUCUCAAGCUCGAUCCAUAAAAGCUGAUACUCUUUCUUUCUGUUUC